AUGUGUGCCUUUUCUCCGCUGCUAGCUGCGUACGCCUCAAGAUUCCAGAAGGGAAAAAUAAGCGUGGCCCCCCAGAAGUACGACGUGUUCCUGAGCUUCACGGGUGGAGAUUCUCGCACCUACUUCACCGAUUUCCUCUUCAAAAGCCUAUCAGCUGCUGGUCUCCAAGUGUUCAAAGACGAUGCUGGCAAUCAGCAAGGUCGUGAUCCCAUCGUCUCCGUGAUGGGAGAACAGUACCAAUGCGGCAACUUACAUAACUUUGAAGAGGCUUUUUAUGAACAUGAGAUGCAGUGCAGGCGAGAAGAAGUGCAAGAAUGGGUAGAGGCGCUGUGUUCUCUAACGAGGAUUAGCGGAUGGAUGUCACAGGCCAUUGCUAAUGGGCAUGAAGGAAAGCUGGUGAAAUUGGUCGUCGCAAAGGUUUCGAGUGAAGUAGAGAUGAGCUGGAUCAAACGGUCUUCCCUGUUCAUAGAAUCAGCAAUUCAUUAUUUUUCAGAGAAACAAAGUAGAGAAAGUAAAUGCCAAUUCAUCUUGAGCUUCCGUGGUGCUGAUACUCGUUAUAACCUUGCUGCUUUCCUCUACACCAGUCUUGUGGCCGAGGGAAUCCAAGUUUUUAAUGAUGACGAUCCACCCCUCAUAGGUAAAUAUUGUGUUCAUGAGAUACGCAAUGCCAUUGAUCACUGCAAAAUAUCCAUUCCAAUUCUCUCAAGCAAUUAUGCGUCCUCUUCAUGGUGUCUCGAGGACCUAACUCAAAUGGUUGAAUGCAAGAGAACAAAUGGGCAAAUGAUAUUGCCCAUCUUCUAUAAAGUGAACACGUCACAUGUGCGAGAUGUGUCGCACUUGUUUGGAAAGCACAUGCUUCAACAUAAGCAGCUGGUUGACGAAAUUACUUAUGAGCAGUGGGAACAAGCUCUCAAAGAGGUUGGCUCCUACAGGGGAUGGGUAUCAGAGAAUAUUGCGAAUGGGCACGAAGCCGUACCUGUGAAAGAGGUCGUGAAGGAGGUUUCAAGGAUGUUGAACAAUCCCCAAACACAUGAUCCCCCGUCCCCAUCCACUGAAUAUUAA